ACAUUCCUCUUGUUCCUCUCUGCAAAUCGAAAGGAUUUUCUGUUUAGCAGAGUUUCAUUCAUCAGUAGAAGUGGAAAACGAUGUCGUCAGUUAGAACUUCAAAGGGUGUAUUAGAGAUAGUAAAGUUUGCAGUAUACGUAUCAGUUCCAUUUGGUCUCAUGUAUUUGUUCGCCAACAAUAACAAGAAUCUUCAGAAAAUCAUGGGACAUCGUGAAUAUGUAGUUUAUCCGACAGAAACUGUAAGGCCCCAAUCGCCCGAGGAGCUGAGGGAGAUUGCAAAAGAAAUAGCUCGGAAGAGAGAGAGGGACCACACAAUGCGGAGCUGAGGAAGACAACACAAGAAAUUGACGUGCAACCCACAAAAUGAAGAGGCAUAGAAGAAUUUGUAGAUCUGUUGGUAAUGAAGGAACAGCUAAUAUUUGAUGGGUGUGCUUACUAGUCUGUUCACCAAUAAGUGAGCUUGUUGCCAAUAAAACAGAGUGGCUAAGCCAGUGAUUGUAUACUGCCAUUUCUGUGCUUGAUGUAUCUUCCUUUUAAUAUACGUGUAGCAGUUAAACAAAGUUUGACCCCCCCCCCCCCCCCAGGAUUGAACAGUUUUUCCUCUGAUUAUAGAUUCUUUAGACAUUUUACAUUUGUAAUUAUAGUAUUCUUAUGUGGUUUUCUAAUUUUUAAUGUGGUCGGGCACCCUGCGCAUUGUGGGAGCUUAGAGCACCGGGCUGCCCUUUUUUUU